AUGGCGAAAACACAGAAAAACAAACAUAAAUCACGUAUUUCACAAAGGAGGUCAAGACGUGAACUUGGAUCCAGGGUGUAUAAAAAUUACUCUGAAGAAAUGUUGAUGCUUGCAUGCCAAUCAUUGCGUAUUAAAACUGGAAAAUCACUCACAGAUCAUUUACAUUCAAAAGAUUUCGCAAAUAGUACCACCAAAAUAUUAAUUGCUGGAAAGGAUUAUGAAAACUCCAUGCAAGAUCGUCCUAUUAAAAAUAAAAUAACAAUACUUUCAAAUGUACUCCUAAAAGCAGGAACACCGGUGACUGAUGUUUGUUUUUUAAAGGAACUGUCUGAUAACACUGAAAAUAUAUCGUUCAAUGCCACACAUGAAACUGAUUUACCAGAAUGCCUGAAAGGGAAGAAAAAGAAAGUCGCGAAGAAAAUAAAGAAGAAACAUACUAGGAAAGAUACGAAAAGUGAUAGAAAGAAACAGGUUAAGAAUAAUUCAAAAGGGAAAAAAUCAGCCAGACGACGUACUUCAAUCAAAAGAAGGCGGCCUAUACCAGACGAUAGUGAGUCAAGCUCGAUAUCUGCGGGUAAUGAUUUUAUGACAGUUGACACAGAUGAUGAUUAUGAAACAAUAAAUGAUUUUUACAUUUCUGAAACCCUAAGAGAACAAGAAGAUAAGGAAAAUUUUGAGCUCCCUGAUGUAAUAACCUCCUUUGGAUUACAUGAGUUUAAAUAUUUUUCUGAAAAUCAAGAAAGACUUAAAGUAAAUGACUGGAUUAUUGUUCGAUUCUCCACCAAAAAGAGUUUGAAAUACUUUGUCGGUAAGGUUUUGUCGAUUAAUGGUGUAACUCCUACGGUUAAAUUUUUACGAAAAGUUAAAGAAUCUAAAUGUAAUACAGGAAUGACCUUUUCAUAUCCAACCGUUGAUGACAUUUGCAACAUACAACAUUUAGAAGAUGUUUUAACAGUUUUACCCGAGCCAACGAUUACUCGACGUGGUCAGAUUGUAUUUCAUGUAGAUCUCAGUAAUUUCAACAUAUAA